GUCCCGUGCAACACCCUCUCCUCCUGACCUUUGAACCACCAUAGCAGUCCGCCGCCCUCGUACAACCCCACCACCCUACAAAAUGGCGCCUGAAUCCGCUGCUGCAAUGGCCGGCCGUGCCCGCAUGCGCGUUGAAGAAACUGAACAAGAGCGAGUCACCAGAGAAACAUCAAACUUCGCCGCCUUUGAAAAAGAUAUGCCUAAGCUCGCCAACCGUUUCAGCUUCUCUCUCAAGGACAACCUCUCCUCCUACCUUGGCCGCAAGAACCCUUUCUACUCCCUCGUCAAUUCAAAAACCGACUAUGUCUGGAUCCUCGACAACACCGCUUACCAGAAUCGGCUCGGAAGGUGGAAGGCCGAGUUUGUCGCCUGCUACUUCGUAAAGGACAGCGGCAAGGACCUUUCUCAGAUAGUCGCUUGGGUCAGCGAGAAGAUUGGCCUUGCAGACGAUGAGCAGGCCAGACGGACCGUCGCAACUAGGCUCCAGCCUUUUGCAGAUCAGAUCCUUCCCGCCCACUCGGUCGAGAUUGAUCUCUUAGGUUUGAACGCCAGACUGGGCCCUAGCGGUCGCGAUGGCAUCAGCGUGGACGAACUGGCCAUUCCCGGCAACGACUACAAAGACGGCCAAGUCACCAGCUUCAAGGCUGUCGACGCAGCUGCAACACCCUUCAAUAUUACCUUUGCCAAGUCCAAGGGUUGGGCAGUCCUCUCUGACAUCGACGACACCAUCAAGAAGACGCUCACGCCCUCACCCGUUGGUAUCCUGACAACUACCUUUGCAGAGGAACCAGAGCCCAUCAAGGGAAUGCCUGAGCUAUACAAACACAUUGUACAAAAGCUCGACAACCCGCCCUUCUGGUAUCUCUCUGCCUCACCCUACAACCUCUACCCCUUCCUCCGCAAAUUCCGCGACCAGUACUACCCCAACGGCACCAUGAUCCUGCGCGACGCCAGCUGGAUGAACCUCGCCGGCUUCCUCACAAACCUGACCCAAGGCACCGAAGCCUACAAAGUCGAUCGCAUCGAGAAAGUCUACGGGUGGUUUCCUAAGCGCAGAUUCAUCCUCAUUGGCGACUCGACCCAAACUGACCCAGAGUCGUACGGCGAGGCCUACCGCAAGUUUGGCAGCAAGUGGAUUGGCGCUAUUUACAUUCGCAAAGUGACGGGUGUUGCGGAGAUGGAUGAGGGCUCUAAGAAUAGCCCGGAGCGGUUUGAGAAGGCGUUCAAGGGGGUGCCUAGGGAUCUUUGGUAUGUUUUUGAGGAUCCGCAGGAGCUUUAUGCCAAGAUUGAUGCGCUGCCUGCUAUCAAGUAAGGACUUGGAUUGCACUGUUUAGAGUCUUUGGGAAGCAAAGAGCAGGGGGGAGAGGAUUAUGUUUAUUCCAGUCUGCAUUUCAUAUGAUACCAUUUUUCGAGUUGGGAGGUAAUGCGUGCUUUGGGGUAAAGAAUGGCGUUGCGGUAUCAAUACUUCUUCUCUUUUCUUUCCUUCUGUGAUAAUACAACUGAUUACUAUGAUAUUUCACUUCGCAUGUAUUCUUUUAACAUUCACAUCAUUCAUGCGCGUUUGAAAUGGGUUUCUUCUUCACAAGUUUGGCGUCUUAGCCUCUUCAAUAUUACUAAUCUGACUAUGUAACAUGCGUAAUGCAUUGAAUCAAUGUCCCUCUGUACCAUGUACCCUUCCACUUUCUUCUUCCUUUCUUUGUCUUGUAACCACACGAUAUGAAGAUUCAGAUUUCAC